GGAAUGAAGCCAGGAGACUAAUGCGAGAUUCUGCCGACGAUCGCAUGGAAAACGUUACUACUGCGAUCAAGCGGCGUCCUUAACGAUCGUCAGGGUAUUCCCGCCUUCUCGAGAAUACCCUGGAGAGCAGGAGGCCGCUGCAGCGCUACCUCUAGAAGGCAUUCCAGGCCGACGACUCUGGUUGCGGAGAAGAACAGCCCACGCAAAAGGCAUGCAGCCCCCCUGGACCAAGCCCUUAACAGCCGGUGUCUGUGUGAUCAUCGCCGGGGUUUUGUAUAGCGCCUCUCCGCGGAAUGCUCUUGCUGAUCAAAUCGGCUCGGAUUCGGCGAUGACGCCGACGAAGACGAACCCUACUCCCCUAUACGUGCCAAAAUCGGUGCCGAAGGAAAGAUGAUAAUUGGAGAGCC